UCAGGACUUUUUCAUGUAACUCUGUCUGUUUGAUAUAAUCCUUCAAACCUGUUGAUGUUUCACACACUGUGAAAGGCGAUCAACUUGACAUUUACUUUGUAUGAGCUUCUGAGAUCCUUUCUCUUUUUUUGUUGCAGUGUUGUUGUAAGCAAAUAUAAGGUUACAGGAAUAAAAAGGUUCUGAAGUAAGAUGAAGCCUGACUGAAGAUUUAUUUUAUGUUUAGUCACUCAGUGUUCACAUACCCAACUGAGACACAUGAAUCCAUGUGCAGCUCAGCAUGGGUUUUGUCCAGUUUAAAUGUUAGCAGUUGAAUAAAAACUGACGUCUAAGAUAACUGAAGGGAGGAGUUUCUCAUUUGUUUACAUCCCUCGCAUAAGAUGGGUCAGUGGAUAAUCAGAACUAGCUUCAAUUUGGUGCCUUUGUGAGCACGAGGGAGGAACAGGCAUUCACAGAAAGCACCUGCACAGCUUAACUAAAAUUAGAUGUUUGUCUUUAAGGUCAAACCGCUCCAUUGUUGAAGACAUCCGACGUGGAGAAGGGAAGAUUUAUGGAGCCGAGCUGCUCAAAGACCUGCUGAAGCUCCUGCCCGAUGCACAGGAGAUCAAGAAACUGCAGGCUUUUAAAGGAGACCCAGACAAGCUGACACUGGUUGAUUCCUUUAUGUACCUCCUAAUCCAGGUGCCACGGUUUGAAGUUCGGAUUGAGGCCAUGGUUCUCCGUGACGAGUUCUCACCUUGCAGCGCUGCGAUGAGCCAUGACAUCGAUGUCAUCCGAGCUGCUACUGAAGAGCUGAUGAACUGUGAGGAGCUUCAUGCCAUCCUUCAUCUGGUCCUGCAGGCUGGAAACAUCAUGAACGCUGGCGGCUACGCAGGAAAUGCUGUUGGAUUUAAGCUGUCAUCUCUUCUCUCAUUGGCCGACACUAAGGCCAACAAGCCGGGAAUGAACCUGCUGCACUUUGUUGCUAUGGAGGCGAAGAAGAAGGAUGAAAAGCUACUAAAGUUUCCAGAGAAUCUGCAGCAUGUACAGAGUGCAGCCAGAAUUUCAGUUGAAAACAUUGAGCUGGAGUUUUCCUCCUUAUACGUCCGGAUCAAAUCCCUGGAGGAGAAAAUCCAAGGAGAAGAGCAGCUGCAGCUGCAGCUGGAGCCCUUUCUGCAGGUGAAGCUGCUGCACUGAUGUCACACAGCAGACACACACACGCACACACACACGUUUACGUGGCUAUCUUUGUGAGAACUUUCCAUUGACUUCAUUCAUUUCUACAGGCUAAACCUUAACCUUAUCC